AUGGGCGUCGCGACAACGAAAAAGGACAAGAAUGAGGAAACAGAGUCCCAGAACAUGGGGUCUCUACAACCUGCGUUAGAUCCAGCUCAAUGGCAAUCGCAUCGAAAGAUAUUCGUGGUGAUCACUGGCCUUCUCAUGCUGUUCAACAGCGUAUUCGACUCGACGAUUCCCAGUGGUGGGAUUCGCUUCAUCGCAGACAGUCUUCAGGUCCAGAAUGAAACGCAGCUGGUUCUACCCACCUCGGUCUAUCUUCUCGGUUAUGUGACCGGGCCUCUUGCCUUUGCUCCCUUGAGCGAACUUCACGGCCGACGGAUCGUGCUGGUGGGAACCUACGUCCUAUUCACCAUCUUCACGUUAGCCUGCGCCAUUGCUCCGAACUGGACGGCCUUGAUCAUCUUCCGAACGCUCUGUGGAAUUUGCGCAUCGAGCCCGAUUGCAGUCACCGGGGGUCUUUUCGCCGACGUGUAUCGCUCCCCUCUGGCUCGUGGGCGGACCAUGGCUCUGGCAAUGAUGGUGACGACCGCCGGGCCUCAGUUUGCCCCCCUUGUCGCCGGGUUCAUUGCACCGGUGGGGUGGCGAUGGAUUUUCUGGAUAUCUCUGAUCAUCGCCGGUGUCAGUCUUAUUCCCGUUUUGUUCCUUCCAGAGACGUCCCAGCCCGGCCUUGCGAAGCAGAAGACGGAGAAACAGGGAGACGGAUUUGUCCUGAAGGCACUCUCUCGACCUCUGUCCAUGCUGUUCUGCGAACCGAUCAUUUCGUUCACCUGUCUCUACCUCUCCUAUGCCAGUGCCAUCUUCUUCAUGUACUUCGAGGCAUAUCCCCUGAUAUUCCAAGGCAUAUAUGGUAUGAGUGAUGGAGUCGCCGGCUUAGCAUUCAUUCCGAUCGCGGUUGGAGCUUGCAUCGGGAUGGCGCUUUUCCUAUGGUAUGACGCGAUACUCCGGAGCGCAAAAGCGAGGAAGGCCAGCUGGUCCAGCAUCGAGGAAUACCAACGACUUCCCCUGGCGUGUCUUGGGGGUCCUUUAUAUGUGUUGGCCUUGUUCUGGCUGGGCUGGACUGCCUCGGCGGGGAUCCACUGGAUUGUGCCCAUGCUGGCGGGGAUCCCGUUCGGGAUGGCAUUUUUCCUCAUUUUCGUGGCCCUCAUCAAUUAUCUGGUUGACGCGUAUCACGAAUACGCCGCCAGUGCGAUGGCAGCCGCCAGCUGUUGUCGCAGUGUUUUUGGCGCCGUUUUGCCUCUGGCCGCCACUCCGAUGUUUCGUCAAUUGGGAAUCGCUUGGGCAUGUAGUCUUCUAGGGUUUUUGAGUCUUCUGAUGACUUUGAUUCCGUUUGUUUUUAUUCGGUACGGCGACCGAAUUCGAGCAAGGAGCCAAUUCCAGCAGGGACUACGGGGUUAG